AUGCCGCAAAAGCCAGUGGACGGUUUGACCCUGAAGCAGAUGAUCAUCAUCAGCUUUGAUUUUAUCGCCAAAGUUUAUGCUUUCUUUACCUGUCGAAAGAAUGUGCUUCUGGCGAAGAGCACGUCCACCCAGGUAGAAGACAUCUUUGCUGCCACCAGAGGACGGUCGGUCCCAGAAGAGCAAGAAGCCCUUCUCCAGCAGUGGCUGGAGGAAGGAGCAGGGGAUUUGCCAGCCAGUGAGAGUGCUCCAGCAGUGGGGAAGGUAUCGGUUACACUCACUAGUGACUGGUUAGAAGGUUCAGAGCUAUUGAUGACUAGCCUCAGUGACCUGAAUUUGGCUCCAGAAGUCACCAGGUGUGCUGGUCAGCAGCUCACAGAGCUACACGCCUUGGCUUCUUCAGAACCACAAGAUCAUGCAGUGACUGAACUGGCAGAAUUACCAGCGGAAGAACCAGUGGCUGUAGCAGGCAGUGCCCCUUGGGCAGCUGUGGUGCCACAGACGGAUCACCAGAUAGCUGGCUGUGCCACUAUCGAUGUAGACGUGCAAAAUGAAGACCCAGCUGUGCUGGCUUGGAGUUUAGCGCGUGAUGCAGAGAUCGUGCCAACGGAGCCCCCAGCCUGGCCGAUUCAGGAUACGAUACAAUUUUGUCCUCUCCUGACAGAGGUACCCUACCAUGAGAUUUUAUGGAGAGACUGGGAGGAUCUUUCUAUUCAGCCCUGUGUGCUAGAACAGGUCUCGAAAAACACUCCUCUCUUUGAAUUUCGAGUUAUGUCUUACAACAUCCUUGCCCAGGACCUGGUGGAGCAGGGCAUUGAUCUGUAUCUCCACUGUCAUCCAGACAUCCUGAACUGGAACUACCGCCUUCCAAACCUAUUGCAGGAGAUCCAGCACUGGGAUCCUGAUGUUCUGUGUCUCCAGGAGGUACAAGAGAACCAUUACUGGGAGCAGCUGGAACCGACGUUCAAGGAGAUGGGCUUUGCGUGCUGCUAUAAACGGAGAACCGGGACAAAGACUGAUGGCUGUGCAGUGUGCUAUAAGCACAGCAGGUUCCAGCUGAUCAGCCUCAGCCCCGUAGAAUACUUCCGCCCUGGCCUGGACGUCCUCAAUCGGGAUAACGUGGGCUUGGUGCUGCUGCUACAGCCUCUGCUUCCGGAGGGCCCAGAUCUGGAGUCGGUCAGUCCUUUGUGUGUGGCCAACACUCAUGUGUUGUUCAAUCCCCGGCGAGGAGAUAUCAAACUGGCCCAGAUGGCCUUGCUGCUAGCGGAGAUCGACAAGAUUGCAAAAGCCAAUGAAGGCAGCUACUAUCCUGUCAUCUUGUGUGGAGACCUGAACUCUGUACCUGAUUCUCCACUAUACAAAUUCAUCCGGAACGGUGAGCUUUCCUACCAUGGGAUGCCAGCCUGGAAGGUGUCUGGUCAGGAAGACUUUUCCCAGCAGUUGUAUUCACGGAAACUGCUGGCACCCCUGUGGCCGAGCUCGCUGGGUGUGACGGACAGUUGCCAAUACAUCACCCUGUGCCAGCCAAAGAAAUCAAGCAGACAUAAGUACAGCCGGGACUUCCUGCUCCAGUUUCGUUUUUGUGAUGUUGCCUGUGAACGACCACCACAGCUGGUCGUCUUGGAAGGUGUGACAGAUGCUAAACCAGACCGCCCUGCACACUGGCCCAAGCCUGCUGCCAUGAUGAAAGACCCUGAUCCCCAGCCAUUCGUCCCGAGCCAGUUCCAGCCACAGAGGGGACGCGUGGAGGUCACAACGAUGCCCAUGGGGCUUGGAGCCACCGUGGAUUAUAUCUUCUACUCGGCAGAGCCUGUGGAGAAUGGGAACAGAGGAGGUCGCAGGCUCUACCGGGAUGGAGCCCUGAAGCUGCUUGGCCGCCUUUCCCUUCUCUCUGAAGAUGUCUUGCUGCUGGCAAAUGGCUUACCAAAUCCUUUUUGUUCGUCUGAUCAUCUCUGCCUGCUGGCUAGCUUUGGCUUGGAGAUCUCCAGCCUCAGAGAGGGUUAG